AUGCGCUGGGGAAGCGUGAUUCCGCACAAGAUGCGCUCGCCAGCGUUCCCUCCACGGCGACCCUCAGCCAUCCUGCGCUAUCUAAUACCUGCCUUCUUGAUCAUCACCCUCUUCUACUACCUCAAACCUGCCCGCGAACCCCCGACUCCAGCACCAGGUGUCGACCUCGCCCGCCCUGCCCCACAGGCCAGCAGGCCCGAGCACGACGAGAAUGGCCAACUUAAGCAGCAGAGCAAAAACAACCACCCCAUCGACCGCCUCAUCGAGAACGCGCAGAAGGAAUUCCAAGACACCCUCGCCGGGGAGUCCCACUCGCUCGCCGAGGCCGCCGCCGCCUACCGCAAGAAGAGGGGCCGCCACCCCCCGCCAGGUUUCGACCAGUGGUACAAAUAUGCACAGGAGCGCAAUGCCGUCAUGGUCGAGUCCUUCUGGGACCAAAUUUACCACGACCUGGAGCCCUUCUGGGCGCUCCCGGCCGGCGAGAUCCGCAAGGGCGCUUGGGACUACGAGAUGACCAUCAAUGUGCGGUCGGGCGUGGCCAGCGCGGGGAGCGACUGGUUUUGGACGCAGAUCUGGCUGAGCCUGGUCCAGACGAUCCAGCACCUGCUGCCCGACAUGGACAUUGCGCUCAAUGCCAUGGACGAGCCGAGGCUGGUGGUGCCCUGGGAGAAGAUGAACGAGUACAUGAACAAGGCGGCCGCCGCAAGGGGUAUGGUCCCGGCCAAGGACGCCAUCAACAACUUCGAAGUGUUGGCUCCGCCGGGCCAGGGCCGUGAGCGUGACGUGGAGCUGCCGGAAAAGAACUGGGAGGGAACAAAACCAUACUGGGGGGUAGCGCAGCGAGGAUGCGCCCCUGAAAGCCCUACGCGGAACGCAGAGAACAUGACCGAUUUUGACCACCCACCGACCUUUACGCACUCAUUCGCCGAGCCUCACAUGUACAAGGGCUUCGUUUCCAACUACACCAUGUCGACCAGCAUCUGCCACCAACCCGACCUGCAGGGCCUGAACGGCAUGUUCAUCGAGCCGCUCACGGUGUCGGCCACCAGGACGCUCUUCCCCAUGUUCGGCGGGUCGAAGCUGUCUGUCAACAACGAGAUCCUCCUGCCGGCGCCCAUGUACUGGAACGAGGAGGAGAGGUUCACGGCGGGCGGCGAUACGGGCGUGGACUGGCCGCUUAAAAAGGACGGGGUGGUCUGGCGCGGAGUCGCGACGGGAGGCAAGAACCGGCCCAACAACUGGAAGGCGUUCCAGCGGCACCGGUUCGUAGCCAUGAACAAUGCGACCAAGAUCGAGCGCGCCGAGGACUGGACAGAGAAGCCCGUCAACUUCGAGCUUCCCUCACCGACAUACGGGCUGGCGGCGCAGCGGCCCGUAUCGGCGGACAGCCCCAAGACGAAGCUGGGCGAGUGGGUGGGCAACUGGUCGGACGUGGCGUUUGUGGACCUCAUGUGCGAGCAGGAGGAGGCGGGCGGGCAGUGCCACUACACAUCGCCGCACUUCAACGUGCAGGAGGGCAUCCGGCUGGCGGAGCAGUUCGACUGGAAGUACCUCCCCGACAUCGACGGCAACUCGUUCUCUGGCCGGUACCUUGGGUUCCUGCGGUCGACGAGCCUGCCGAUCAAGGCGACGGUAUACCGCGAGUGGCACGACUCGCGGCUGGUGGCGUGGAAGCACUUUGUGCCCAUGGACAACCGGUACAGCGACUGGUUCGGCAUCAUGGAGUACUUUCUAGGCUACGGCGCCGAGAGGCCCGCGCACGACGCGGCAGCCGAGAAGAUUGCGAGCGACGGGAAGGCGUGGGCUGAGAAAGUCUUACGACGCGAGGACAUGCAGAUCUAUGUCCUGCGGCUGCUGCUCGAGUACGCACGAGUGAGCGACGAGAGGAGGGAGAAGAUGGGAUGGGUGGGCGACCUGACUGCAUAA